CUCUAUCUCUCGCCCCAUUUCCUUAUCUGCUCGCUCGGAAAACACACUAAACCCACACACUCUCUCAUAAAACUCACCGUUUCAAUUCAGGAAAAAAAAUGCGUGAGAUCCUUCACAUUCAAGGAGGCCAAUGCGGCAACCAGAUCGGAGCCAAGUUCUGGGAGGUAGUAUGCGCGGAGCAUGGAAUCGACUCCACCGGAAGGUACCAAGGGGACAAUGAUCUGCAACUCGAACGAGUUAAUGUUUACUAUAAUGAAGCGAGUUGCGGAAGGUUUGUUCCACGCGCCGUUUUAAUGGAUCUGGAGCCUGGUACCAUGGAUAGCGUCAGAUCUGGGCCGUACGGUCAGAUAUUCCGACCCGAUAACUUCGUAUUCGGACAGUCUGGUGCUGGGAAUAACUGGGCCAAAGGUCACUAUACCGAAGGAGCUGAGUUGAUUGACUCGGUUCUCGAUGUUGUUAGGAAAGAAGCAGAGAACUGUGACUGCUUGCAAGGGUUUCAAGUUUGCCAUUCUUUGGGAGGAGGCACUGGAUCAGGAAUGGGAACGCUGCUAAUUUCAAAGAUAAGAGAAGAGUAUCCAGACCGGAUGAUGCUUACAUUCUCUGUGUUCCCAUCCCCAAAGGUGUCUGAUACAGUUGUUGAGCCAUAUAAUGCUACACUCUCUGUGCACCAACUUGUUGAGAAUGCAGACGAGUGUAUGGUUUUGGAUAAUGAGGCUCUUUAUGAUAUUUGCUUCAGAACUCUUAAGCUAACUACACCUAGUUUUGGAGACCUUAACCAUCUUAUCUCAGCCACCAUGAGUGGGGUCACGUGCUGUCUUCGCUUCCCUGGUCAACUCAACUCUGAUCUUCGCAAACUUGCUGUCAAUCUUAUCCCAUUUCCUCGGUUGCACUUCUUUAUGGUUGGAUUUGCACCACUCACUUCUCGUGGGUCACAACAAUACAGGGCUCUUACUGUACCUGAGCUAACUCAGCAAAUGUGGGAUGCCAAGAACAUGAUGUGUGCUGCUGAUCCUCGCCAUGGCCGAUAUUUGACUGCUUCUGCUAUGUUCCGCGGCAAAAUGAGCACCAAAGAAGUUGAUGAACAGAUGAUUAAUGUUCAAAACAAGAAUUCAUCUUACUUCGUAGAGUGGAUCCCCAACAAUGUCAAGUCUACAGUUUGUGACAUCCCUCCUACUGGAUUGAAGAUGGCCUCAACAUUCAUUGGGAACUCCACUUCAAUUCAGGAAAUGUUCCGCAGGGUUAGUGAGCAAUUCACUGCCAUGUUCCGGAGGAAGGCUUUCUUGCAUUGGUACACUGGAGAAGGUAUGGAUGAGAUGGAGUUUACUGAAGCGGAGAGUAACAUGAAUGAUUUGGUGUCCGAGUAUCAACAGUACCAAGAUGCAACAGCAGAUGAGGAAGGAUAUGAGGACUAUGAGGAUGAGGACGAAGUUCAAGAGGAGGUUUAAAUACUUUAGUGUUAGUGUCUGGCUAUUAUGUUUGUUGUGACUCCGGACUUAAUGUUUCUUUUGUACCUGAAUACCUUAUUUGGGCGUUUGAUUGUGUUGAUGUUGUCUAUGUUCAGUGGGUACUUUAGGUAUUAUAUUUUAGGCAAAAUGUCUAUUGUCGUCAGAAAUGACUAUCAACCAGUUGGGAUUAUUUUUUUGGUGAUUUUAUAUAGCUGAUGUUAUACAAUUGGCCUUCCGAUUA